CCCCAAUUGGAUGAUGAUGGACCAAACCAUAAGAUAAAGCCACUUGUCUUUAUAAAAGUUAAAAAGAAAAAAACAGUUACUAAUAAUUAAUUACACGUGUCGUAAAAGGAGCUAAUAAGUUAGGAAGUAAAAGUCCCACAUCGGAGAGACAGAAAAACUAUAGCUUGUUUAUAUAUGUCUAGAAAGCAUCAUUGGCCACGACCUUACUUGAACAGGAUCUGUUCUAUAGGCUCGUACCUCUGUAUCCUUGAUUUCUAAGGAGACAGUCCCUAAACCCUGGUUGAUGAAUCAUGGCCGUGCGAUCUGAGUGUGAUUAACGGCUGCGAUUGUCUUCGGACUCUCUAAGCUGUAGAGGAUCGCUACCUAGUCUGGCUUGACCUCUCUAGGGUGGUCGCACGGUUGUCUGACAGGCUCUCCUUUUUUUUGUUUUUUCUUCCCGUAUGAACUUUCAAUUUCUUAUACUUUUAACCGCAGACAAAUUUGUUUUUCGUCCCCAAACUUUUAAUUUAUGACAUUUAAACCUAGACCUUUUUAAAUUGCGCUUACACCCUCAACAUUUCGGUAAUAGCUCAAAUACUUGCAGGGUAAAACCACCAGGGACCGAGUGAUAGACGGUGUGGUGGCAUAAGACCAAUGUGAUGAAAUGCUCAUGGACUCCUUCUCUCUCAUCAAGGACAAGAAUCAAACCCAACACUGUAAACAUACUCUUCAACGAAGAAAGUAACUGAACACGGAACUCAGUGAAGAAGGCAAGAAUAUCCGAACAAAAAAGUAUAUAAAGCCACUCUCUCUUACCCUCUAUAACUAAUAGUAUCAAACUUGUUACAAAUAUGAGUGUUAUGGAAUCGUUGCAUCGAGUAGAAACACUAAUCUCUGGUCUCCAUCACCACCCUCGUACUAACAACACCAACAGAAACAGAGUACCCAGAUCUGUCAAGAUCUUCAACGCAGCUAAUCAUGUAAACCCAAGAAAGUGUCAGUGUUUCGAUCUCUACAACCAAUUGGUUCCAUACGAUAAAGCUUGGACAUGGCAGAAAAGCCUUGUCGAGGAGAAACAAAUAUUGCUUGAUAGAAACCAAGACUGUCCAGACACUCUGAUUCUAUUACAGCACUCUCCUGUCUACACAAUGGGAACUGGCAGCUCAGAGGAGUAUCUCAACUUCGACGUAAAGGACGCUCCUUUCGAUGUGUAUCGAACUGAGCGUGGUGGUGAAGUCACUUACCAUGGCCCUGGUCAGCUAGUUAUGUAUCCUAUAAUCAACCUUAGGAACCACGAGAUGGAUCUUCAUUGGUACCUCAGGACGCUUGAAGAGGUUGUCAUCCGUGUUCUUUCCUCAGCUUUCUUCAUCAAAGCUUCACGUCUUGAUGGUUUAACUGGUGUUUGGGUUGGCAGCCAAAAGGUGGCGGCCAUAGGGAUUCGUGUGUCGAAAUGGAUAACGUAUCAUGGUCUGGCUCUUAAUGUCACAACGGAUUUAGCACCGUUUAACUCGAUAGUUCCAUGUGGGAUUAGAGACAGGCAAGUUGGGAGCAUAAAGGGUUUGCUUGGAGAUGGAGAAGAACAAGGAAUGGUUGGGGAUUUGAGGUUAAUGGAUGUAGCUCAUGAGUCUUUACUGAAGGAGUUCUCUGAAGUUUUCCAGCUUCAAAUCGAGAAGCAAACAGUUUCAGAUCUUAAUAUUCUGAAAGCUGAGUCUUUCAAAUGUUUGUAGUGAUAAAAAUCCUUGCAACCUCUAUAACAUUAUUUGUAAUCUCUUUGAAUAUAAAAGGUUUAUUGGCUGUUUGUCAUUAUUGUAAACUAUUUGCUCAAAUAGUUACUCGCACUUUAUACCA